AUGUCGAAGAAAGAAUAUCAGGACCACCUGGGUCCAAUGGAGGAACCGGAAGAACAGGAGGGAGAGGAAGAGUGUCAACAAGCAAUUGUGCUUGAUGGUACUAAUGUGGAAAGAUUAAGGAGGAGGUGGCUCCCAGGAAUCUCUUUACUUAUUGUUGGUUCACAGGGUGUGCUUGUCCAAUCCACUGAUGACAUUACUGGAGAUGAUGCUGCUCCACGCAAUGGUACUGAAGCUCAAAGGGGAGCUGCUCAAGCAACAAGAAAUAGUGCCAGAAUUGCUCAAAUGGGAGUGGGUCGUGAGACUAUGAGAGGGUUGAAGAAAGAGAGCUGCUAG